AUGAUUCAAUCAAUAUUUGGAGUAUGGGACUACGUCAUCAUGACGGCGACUAUGAUAGCCUCUGUAGCUAUUGGGUUAUAUUUCCGAUUUAGCGGUGGAAAACAAAAAACUAAUGAUGAAUACCUCCUAGCUGAUCGCAACAUGUCAAUCUUUCCUGUAGCAGUCUCACUGAUGGCUUCAUUUAUGUCAGCUAUUACAUUGUUGGGAGUAUCUGCUGAAAAUUACUAUUACGGCAUGCAAUUUGCAGUCAUAAAUUUCUCAUACGGCAUAGCCACUCCUAUAGCGUCCAAUUUAUAUUUACCUGUAUUUUUUGGUUUACAGAAAACUAGUACUUACGAAUAUUUAGAGUUACGCUUUGGUCCACGAAUACGAAUGUUAGCAUCUUUAACGUACACUUUGCAAAUGAUUUUAUACAAUGGAAUAGUUUUAUAUGCACCUGCGAUAGUUCUAGAGUCAGUGACGGGUCUUGACAGAUUAGUUUCUAUAUUAGUAGUAGGAUUGGCAUGCACGUUUUAUUCAACCUUAGGAGGUAUGAAAGCUGUUUUAUUCACCGAUUUACUGCAAUCAUUUCUAAUGUUUGGUGCGGUAUUCAGUGUUGUUAUAUUUGCAUCAGUACAACUUGGAGGAUUUGAGAAAAUAUUCAUUAGAGCGCAAGAGGGUGGUCGGUUAAACUUUAACAAUUUCAGCAUCGAUCCAACAGAAAGGCACACAUGGUUUUCUUUGAUUAUCGGUGGCUGUAUAACAUAUCUCUCCUUAUAUGCUGUUAAUCAUACACAGGUACAACGACUUCUUACUGUGAGCACAUUAAAACGUUCUCAGCAAUGCUUGUGGUGGAGUUGGCCUGUUCUUUCAGUUCUCAGCAUAGUCACCUGCAUGAGUGGAUUAAGUAUAUAUGCGGUGUAUAAAGACUGUGAUCCGCUGACUAGCAGAACCAUUAGUGCGAUGGAUCAGCUGAUGCCAUAUUAUGUGGUAGAUGCAAUGAAAAUUGUGCCCGGUCUAGCGGGUCUGUUUGUGGCGGGAAUUUUUAGCGCGUCUCUGUCUACUAUUUCCGCUGCUUGUAAUGCGCUAGCGGCCGUAACACUUACAGAUUAUGUAAGCAGGUGGUUUAGGGUGAAUUCAUCUCACAUACCGUGGUUGACGAAGCUCGCUGCGUGUGGUUACGGUCUCUUGUUUCUUGCGUUAGCGUUUGUCGCCGAACAUUUGGGCGGAGUUCUUCAAGCCGCUCUGACGAUAUUCGGCGCAGUGGGUGGUCCGUUACUUGGUAUAUUCACUUUGGGAAUGUUCACUACUUAUGCGAAUGAACGAGGUGUAUCAGUUGCUCUCCUCAGCGGCAUGGCGUUAACUCUUUGGAUAAGUUUCGGAGGGCCUCGCCCGGCGCCAGUCAAACUGCCGCUAAGUGUAGAAGAGUGCGCAUUCAACGUCACUUUACCUAGUCAAUCUCAACCAAGAGAUUACUUUUAUUUAUACAAAAUAUCUUAUAUGUGGACGAGUCCCAUCGGAUUCAUCUGGGUGCUGGUGGUGGGGUCGGCGGUGUCCCUCGCGUGGAAGCAGCGGCAGCCGUGGCAGGCGGCCGGCCGCGAGCACCCCGACCCCGCGCUCUUCACGCCGCCGCUGGCCAGGAGACUGAGGGCGAGGAGCGAGAAACCCACUGUACAGUGCGAACUUCUGAAACAAGACUUUCAAGAAUAAUGUUCCCUGGAUACAUUAUUAUUAUAAAUUCAUAUUGAAUGUUCAAUAAUUGUAGUAUAUUAAUAAUUAAUAGGAGUCAAAAAGCUUAGUAACACUUAAUAUUAAAAUAUCCUUUUUGUUAUGUCGCAAUCGAAUGCCAGUUACAUUUAUAAUAGUAAUAUACAUAUAAUAAUGUAUUAGAAAACUAAUUUCAACAAUAAAUUCAAUUUUCGAUUGUUUAAGUGGGUUGUACAAAAGUUGAACACUAUAGAUAUUAUGAGUUUUGUGAUUAAAAAUUAAUCAUAAAAUCAGCAACGAAGAAAUGUUAGUUUA